AUGAAUGCCUUCAUGGUGUGGUCCAGAGGUCAAAGAAGGAAGAUUUCUCAGGAAAAUCCAAAAAUGCACAAUUCGGAGAUCUCCAAACAACUGGGGACUCAAUGGAAGCAUUUAUCCGAGACUGAGAAACGACCUUUCAUAGAUGAGGCCAAAAGACUUCGUUCAAUCCACAUGAGAGAGCAUCCUGACUAUAAAUACCGUCCAAGAAGGAAAAGUAAAGUCAGGGACAAAAAAGACAACUUUAUAAAUGACUUAAUGAACCCAAAACCUGUCAUACAAACAGAAAAUUCGAAUUUAUAUUAUUUUCCAAGUUCCUAUCCUUCUGAGGGUUAUUCAGAGAUGUUUUUUCAUUCGAAUAAUCAGAAUUACACAACUGAAUAUAAUCCACAUAGAAGUCAGUUUGGAGUCGGUCCUUUCGACCCGGGUCCGUGUUAUAAGUCACUAUUCCACUGCCACCCAGCAAUGAGUCAAUAUGAGACAGGGAAUACUACUUCUUAUGGCAUGUUUCUGCCACCUUCAUAUUCGUUGGUUGGCCUUACUGAAAAUUCUGAUCAAAAAAGUGGACAAAAAUUGAAUAAGUUUUAUCAAAACACGCAUGGACAGGAAGAGAUAGUAAAUUAUGGAAUUAACAAAUCAAAGGAUAAUGAGCCUGAUUCAGCAGCGUUCGAUCGAAUGUAUAAUCAAGCUCAUGAACUUGCUGAACUAACUCGUCAUUAUCUACAGUCCGACACAUAA